CAUGUACAUGUACAUGUACGUCUAUUGCUGCCAGGUGUCACGGUUAGUAAAUGUAAACAAAUGGAUCAAAACUUUGCCAAGGAGGUGGCUACCUUGUGUGUUAGACACUACACAGAAGUCCUCCCAAAGAAGGGUAAGCCACAAGCGAACAAGGAGUGGACUCUGCUGGCUGCAAUCGUGCAAGUUAAUGAAAAUGACCUUAAGGUUGUUGCUAUGGCAACAGGAACGAAGUGCAUCGGUCGGAGCAAGAUGAGCAAAGAAGGGGAUAUUAUCAAUGACAGCCAUGCAGAGGUGUUAGCUAGACGUGCGUUUCUCAGGUACCUUUAUGAGCAGCUGCAAGCUGCCCGCUCAGGAAAUCAGGAGUCUAUCUUCACCUCACCUGAUCAGGACCGUCUGUGUUCUCUGAAGAACUCCAUCAAAUUUCAUUUCUUCACCAGUCAAACGCCGUGUGGGGAUGCUUCGAUAUUCCCCAAGGAAUCGCCUGCCGGUGUUGAACUGAGUAAGGACCCCAGUAGUGACGAUUGCGAAGCAGGGGCGGGUGUGAAGAUGGUGCAAGAUGAGAGCUUGAGAGGGCACCGCGGUGCCUGCAAGCGUGCUGGGGAUUCUUUUGACGUAGAUGCAAGCAGUUUGCAGCUGUCGUCUGAUUCAUCAAGUGAGUGUUUACAUUCCAACAAAAAACUGAAGUGCGACAAGUCUGUACCGAUACAGGUUUCAGUGACAGAACCUUGUGUGCAACAGUUAUGCAACGAUACGGAUUCUCUAGUUUCGGAACAUGGAGACAAUCCCAGUUUGCUGCUUGAUAGGAGCUCAAGCAGGUGUUGUUCAACAUCCCCUGCGUGCACAUCGGUCCGAGAUGAUGAGACAGAUUGUAAAACUGCUCCUAAUCAACUGCCAGAACAGACAGACAGCUCAUCCGGUUAUUGUAGAGAUAUCCAUCGGACUGGGGCAAAAUGCAUGCCUGAGGGUCCACAGGAUUUACUCCUGAGCGGAGCAGACUACCACAGGGUAGGUCUGCUAAGGCUGAAACCAGGACGAGGGGAUCCGACGUUGUCUAUGUCUUGCAGUGACAAGAUGGCCAAAUGGAACGUAGUAGGAUGGCAGGGGGCACUGUUGUCGCACUUUCUGGCGAGGCCUCUUCACUUGACAUCUGUGAUUGUUGGCAAGUGUCCGUACAAUCAAGAAGCAAUUCAGCGAGCCCUGAUGGGUAGAUUACAGCAGGUGUCCAACCUACCAGAGCAUUAUACCAUCAAUGUCCCACACAUUGUCUCGACUCAAGUCUUGUUUCCCGACUCCAAGGGGGCAGUUCAGUCAUCAAACGCUGCCGGGCACAGUAACCAGGGAAAGGUGGUGCCUGCCGGUGCAGCUAUCAUCUGGGCUAAUGUAAAACAGGGAACCUUGGAGGUGUCGGUCAAUGGCAAGAGACAAGGUGUCACCAGCAAGAACAUUCACAAAAAAGAGGCUAGAUGUAGCGUGUGCAAGGCUGAGAUGUUUGAGUCAUUCAAGGACUUGAUGCAGUCCUGCCCAGAGUCAGGAUAUCCACAGACCUUAAGGAGAAACGACCUUCACACGUAUUAUGAUUGCAAGAUGGCAGCCACCCCUUACCAGCAAGCCCUGGCCCGCUUCCAUGUUGUUUUCAACACCUGGGUGAAAAAGCCAAGUGAUUACUCGCUAUUCAGUUAAUCAUUCAGAGUGUGGCGUGCUCGAUUAUGAAAUUCACAUGUUAGCAGUCUCCCCUGCCUAUUUCUUUGUCAGGCCUGAAUGUUUCAGUGGCUGGGGUGCUAUCGGACGGUUCCGAAGGGCUCAGGUUCAAAUCCCACUCUUGUCGACUUUUUUGUUCAAGUGUAAAUCUGAUCAAUAUCCCAAUCUUGUUUACUUGAUGAAAAGAAAUUCCUUGUAAUUUAUUUACGCACAACUGUUCUUAAAGGGUGUGAGGUCUUUUAUGAAGGAUUUUGCAAAACAUUUAUGAAUGAAUAAUUCAUGGUUACUCACGACUGGCUACUCAUCACUGCUUUUCAGUGUUGUAUAGUCCAGACCUCUGAAGACCAUCGCAAGACCCAUUAGACCUCAAGUCUGAAUUUAAGUCACAAGCUAUACAAAUGAACCGCAACAAAAGUAUUCCCUUGUCCUUGUUCACCCUGUGUCUUGUGACUGGUCUUGUGUCUGGUCUUGUGACUGGUCUUGUG